AUGCCAAUGAAGCUUGGAGACUCCCUCGGUUUUGUUGUCGCCUAUCUACCUCUAGACACGGUGGUCCACGUCAAGAUGAUGAAUAAAAACGCUUCUAAAGUCAUUGAUAAGAUCAAAGCUAUACCACACUAUGACAAAGAAGUUAAGUACCUUUUAAAGGUGUUUCCAGGGUGUAAUGAGAUGACUUUACUCGGGACGGAUAUCGGUAAGUUUGUGGAAGGCCGAAUGGUCAUCGACCAAGACAUCAAUCGACUCGCUAAAAUCAACUUAGUUGAAAUGCCACAAGACACUGACUUACUCUGUCAGAUCCGUCAGAAGAUCGUGUCGAUCUCUGCAAAAGUGUUUUACUAUGACAACAUUGAGUUAUCCGAUUUCCCACAGCUCGACAAAGUUGUCUUGGACUUCUGUGGACAACCAUUCGACUUUUUAGAGUUUUUUGAAGAUACCUAUUUCAUUACGACAGUUGUAAUAAAGAAUUUCAACGACCACGAACUACUCACUAAAUUACUUGGCGAGAAGAAGAUUGCGGAGAAAGUCUAUUUAGAGACAGUUCCUGCGUUUCGAUAUGAACUGUUGGGGACUGAAAAGUUUGUCGAGAAAAGCACAAAAACAGAAACUAACAACAAAAAAAAUGUCAGUGAAGAGGAAAUUAUUUUAUUCGAAAGCGUCAAGGAAUUUGGCAUCGAAGAUAUCUUCGCGAUCCAACAACUCGAGAACAGUGUGCUUUUUGCCUAG